UGGAGUAUCUAAUUGAGGCAAUGGUUGAUGAUAUCAAUGAUGAUCUUAACUACCAAGAUUUCCGCAAAAUUAAUUUUUUGAUCGCUGUACCGGAGAAAAGGGCACUUAUCGAAAAUUCAGAAGAAGAAGCAAAUCUAAUAACUAUACAAAGAGCCAAUCGUUUCCUCGAAAUAAUGCUAGAUGACAUAAAAGCAAUAACAAAAAUUACAAUAGAAGCAUAUGGAAGAUGUACCGAUGAACUGAUUUCCUUUACAAAUAAGAGAAGAAAAAUCGUUUUUAAAGCUUUACAAAGUAUAAUUCGACGUCGUUUACUAGGAUCUGUGCAAGCUGUAGAGAAUAAUGCCUCUUUAUUACGGAAGUGUCGUUUGCUAGGAUUAUACUUGAGCUCACAAGAUUCACAAUCAUACAUAAAAGAAAUUCAAAUUAACACAACUACCCGUACUUGUAUCUUAACGGAUAAAAAUGAAGCCAUAAAGAUGUACAGGACCGAUGAUGCGGAAUCACUUGAGAGACUGUUACGACUUGAACGUCAACGAGCUCCAUCCGUACCCCGAGCUAGUUUUGAGAUGAGUUGGGCUGCUAGGCGUUAGUUAAACACUGGCAUCUGUACCCUGUUCAUUACAUAAUAUAUUGUAAUUUAUCUUAUUAUUAUCUCUAUAUACGUUAAAAAAUUAGAAAUUGUAAAACAUUUUCAUAAACUUAAGCUGACGGAAAAUGAACCGUCGGCUGACUUUGUCAAUAACCAAAUAAUACACUUUUUUGUAAGUACAUAAUAAUUUUGUUCAUCUGUUUACUUAUUGUACACACGUUUUAUCUAAAAAUGCACCAAUGUACAUUAUAAUAAAAAAUUAUGGCAAUUUCGUGAACUGUUUUGGCGUUUAAGUCUGAACAAUUUCUGACAUAACAUAAGG